UCAGUGUAUCUACUCUCCUCACACUAAAAUCAAAGACACACUUCAAUUUCAUAUAGUAUCGCCGCUGCCACUGCCACUUGAAGUUUUCUGCUACUCUCUCUGCUUCCAUACUUAUUCCCCUCAUUUCAAGCUUAACUCAACUGCGCUCUUGCUAAAACCUUUCCCCAAAAUGUCUUCCUUCCAUAGUGCUACAGCUCUGCUGCUGGUUCUGCUGCUUGGAUGCUUCGUUGCUUCCAUGGCAGAUUUCUCAUCCACUGUCGACAUCACAUGGGGAGACCACCGUGGCGCGAUUAGCAGGAAUGGUCAGCAGCUUAGCCUCUCUCUGGACAAGAUAUCAGGUUCAGGUUUCCAAUCCAAGCAGGAAUUUCUAUUUGGCAAGUUUGACAUGAAAAUUAAACUGGUCCCAGGCAACUCAGCAGGCACGGUUACUGCAUACUAUCUGUCUUCCCAAGGGCCCUUCCAUGAUGAGAUAGACAUGGAGUUCCUAGGUAACCUCAGUGGCCAGCCCUACACUCUGCACACAAACGUCUACACACAGGGGAAGGGAAACAGAGAGCAGCAAUUCCACCUCUGGUUCGACCCAACUGCUGACUUCCACACCUACACCAUUCUCUGGAAUCCCCAGCAGAUAAUGUUUUAUGUGGAUGGAGGGCUCAUCAGAGUGUUUAGGAAUCAUCAAUCAGCAGGAAUAGGCUACCCAAGCAAGCAAGCGAUGAGGUUGUACUCCAGCCUGUGGGAUGCAGAGGACUGGGCUACACAGGGCGGCCGCGUCAAGACCGACUGGACAAAGGCACCUUUCACCGCAACCUUCAGCAACAUCGGCAUCAGCGGAUGCGCAAAAACAGGUUUGAGCUCCUCAUGCGAUGCUUCCUCUUCUGCUUGGAUGAACCAAGCUGCGGUGACCUCGGACCUGCAGAAGAUGAACUGGGUACAGAAGAACUACAUGAUCUAUAACUACUGCAGAGAUGUGCAGAGGUUCCCACAGGGUCUCCCACCCGAGUGCUCACUCUAAGCAGCCUGCCCACUUCAUACAAAAGUAGUUCUUGAAAUUCUUUCAUCAAAUCUUGCAAUAAAAGGGUGUUUUAUUGCCAGAACUUUUUGUUUCUUUCCUUUCGGUCUCGCAAACUCUGUUUCAGCUCCUGUGAACGGGCCAGUGGACAUGAGCUAGUGUGAUAGUGGAUCCUUUCUACAUCACUUGUACUUUUACAGUUUACACAAAUAUUUGUAAUUAUGUGUUUUCGUGAACAAGUUUGAAUAGCA